GCACAUGAUCUGCACCAAUACACAGAAUCAAACAUACCCCGAGGACCUGAGGAGAACCUGGAGGCCCGGCCAAUCCUCAGGGAUCCAACACGUGGACUGAGGACCUGUGAGAGGAUUACAUAAGUUCCCAGAGAGGGCGACACAAGAGAAACAGAAAUCCAGAAACAUGAGUGACUUUGGAGGAGUGGGAGUGACCACGUCCUUCAACCAGUCUUCAGUGGUCAACCAGAUGAACGUCAGUAAUUCAACUCAUUGCGAUCAGGUUGACACCUUGGCCCACCUUUUCUUCAUGCUGGUUUACAGUCUGGUGUUUCUGGUGGGUUUGCUCCUCAACGGCUUCACCCUGAAGGUUUACUUCUGCCGAGUUCAGCAGGCAUCCAGUAGUAUGACCAUCUACCUGAAGAACCUGGCGGCCGCCGACUUCCUGAUGAGCCUCUGUCUCCCCAUCAGAAUCACCAACUACGCCAGCAGCUCCGUCCCCGUCCUCCAGGUCUACUGCAACUUUGGUUCCUCCGCCUUCUAUCUGAACAUGUACGCCAGCAUCCUGUUCAUGGGUUACAUCGCAGCUAACCGGUACCUGAAGAUCGUCCAUCCUUUAGGAACUCACAUCCUGCAGACGGUGCGAGCUGCUCACAUUAUCUCCACGGUAACCUGGGUUUUCCUCUUGGCCACGACGAGCACCUAUGUCAUCCUGUUGCUCCUCACCCAGGAACCAUUAGACUGUGUCCCCAAAACAGUGAGCUGUGACGUCCUGCACAGUAAACAGCUCAACCUGUUCUACAAACUCAUCCACACCUGCUCUGCUGCCAUUUUCCUGCUUGUCCUUGUCUUCCUGGUCUUCUUCUACUACAGAGUUUCCCGCAGGCUGUCGCUGGCACAGCAGAGGCAGCCGGUAUCCUCUAGCUGCAAGAAGCUUGCCAAGUCUCGCAGGAACAUGUUGGUGCUGGUCAGCGUCUUCUGUGUUUGCUUUGUCCCUUACCACCUGAUUCGCUUACCCUAUGCUUUCCUGAAGGGACAUUACUUACGGAACCAGGUGUUCUUUUACCUGAAGGAGCUGACUGUCAUGGCGUCAGUUCUCAACGUCUGCCUGGACCCGCUCAUCUAUUUCAUCUUCUGCAAGGCUUUCCGGUCCCAGCUGAGUCUGAGGAGGGUGUUCAGCACCACCCAGGACGCAACGCAUGGAGCUAAUCCUGAAAGGAGGCGCAACAGCGGGCAGAUGAGCGGCAUCAAAAUCAACAGGAAGACGUCACUCAGCACGUCGACAAAGCAGACCACUGUGCUGUAGCUUAAAACUCACAGACAUCAACACCUAUGACUGUUGCUAAAACAUGACAAUUACAACACAACUGCAAAUAUGUUCCAAAACUGACAUCUGCCAGUAAAAAGACCAGCUAAUAGGAGAUGGCCAUUUCAGCACCCUGCUUUUUUAACAGAAGAUGUCAGGCUUCAGGCUUGACCACAACAGACUUGUGGUUGGAUUUGUUUUACUCGUGCACUUUCGCGGACCCAUGUGGCAGCAGGUGAUUCUGUUUAAGUGACUGAAAGUUUGAAGGACCUCAUUACACAGAAAUAAUGUAAAGUGAUAUCAGUAAUCUAAAGCUGUGUUUCAAGCCAGUGAUGUGAGUACCAUCCAAUGAUUAUAUUUCAAGAUGAGAAAUAGAGAACUCGGCCUUUGUAAACAAGAUUUGUUUUAUCAGAUAUGUAAAGUUACCUAAAAUUGAGUGAAAGGUUGAAUGUUCACUCUUGACCUUGGAAAGUUUGAUUUUGUCUUGACAAUUUUUUUGUCAAUCUAAAAAUUCAGUAGUUGCAUUUGAAGGGUAUUAAAUGAGUGCUGCAGAUUUAAAUGGCUGACUGUACUGAGCAUGCAGUUAAUUACAAAAUUGCACAUCAUUGUACAAAUGUACAGUCACAAAACUGAACCCUGAGGAACAUCCCUAUAUACAUUGCAGGAACUUAACAUCAGAUUGAAAAGAAGUGUUUCUCUGCUCUCUCUGGUUGAACGUUGAAAAGUCUGUUUCAGUCUGACGGUCAGACGUGUGCUCUGUUGCACUUGUAACCACACCCAACAGUGAUGUCACAAGGUCCUGGAGUACAUCUGCACAUCACUGCAACAAGGUUAAACCAAUGGAGUUCAGCAAAAACAAGAUUUUCAGGGGGCAUCCCAACCUGAACUUUUAUGAACCUCUGAGGCACUGGUGCGAAGGUCUGCUUCGCGUUUUCAGUGCAAACCAGGACAUUUUGGAUGUACGUCAUUAAAAAGGCAACAGACUACGGCAACGCUGUUACGUGCUGUUUGGUAGGCGAGUGCUGUCUUGAGACACACUGGCAGUGGAUGAAUAUUGAUAAUGAUUCAUAUGUAAUGACUUUUAAACAUCAGUACCAUUAAAUUAGAGUGUAUGUGCACGAUGUGAUGUUGAUCUUUCAGCAUAUGAGGAACUAGUCCCCAAAGCGAAGAACAGGGUAAAAAAGGCAGAACCUGUGACAAUCUAAACAUGUUAUGUUAUGGGUAGUUGAUAUGUUGUUUUAGUGAAAUAGUGUAGUUUGAUCAUCAGCUGUUCGUGUACAUUGCAUUAUUCACUCUGACAUGGUGUUUGUGUUAGUCAAUUUCUGCUUGGAAGGUUGUUAUUUCCAUAACUUUACUUACAACAACCUGUACAGCUGCAUCUAUCGCAUCCAAGCUUGCCACCAUUUUUAUCGCAGUUUUUCUGUUACUGUUUUUCUUAAGAUGAUGUCCCAUUCUUAAUUCUGACAAUAAAGCCCUGAUUGGGUUGUUUGUGUCUUCAACCAGGGAAACUAUGGCAUUACUUUUGUGCCUUUAUUAUGCAAUCAAAAAAUAGGUUCCAAAAGUUUUGCGAAUGCAAAAUGUUGACAAAGAAAGAUUUAUAGUUCACCAAUCAUUUCUCACAUUUUACACAAAGAUGCGUCUUUUGUAGUUCCCACCCAUGAGAUUUCAGCUCAACGUUUUGGAUUUAAACAAAACUUUUGGAUGAAUUUUUUAAUUACAAAAUAGUGAGUGUGGAUGGUUUUCUCAAACCUAUUUUUUUGCAUAAUAAAGACACAAAAGUCUUUAUUAUGAGAGUUUGGUGACUUUUCUCACUGAUGGGAAGUGACUUAACAUCAAUUCAUCUUGUAUACACUUCCAUCAGUCAGUUUUCUCACAGAGUCACAUCAGGCUGAAUGUUGCCGCAGCUGAAAACAUUAAUAAUGGGGAAGUUUGGUUUAGUUGUGCCACUUAACUGACAAUAACAGCGACUGUUGUCCAAACUCAUUCACUUCAUUCAUUAACUCCUAAGGCUGCCAGCAGAAAUAAAUGUGUCGUAACAGAUACAAAUGUACAGUUUAA